CAACUUCCUGUUUGGGUUGAAAGCGGAUAAGAACCUAGGAAGAUCCUAGAUGAACACUUCCUCUGUCUACAUUUAACACUAAUUUGUCAGUAUUUUAUUUUAAGUAAACGCACACACGGUAGAAGAUGUCGGAGACGGGGAACCGACUACGGAAGCUCCUCGAAUCGCCUAAUUUCGAGCCUCAAAACUACGUGAAGCAGCUGUCACAGCAGUCCGAUGGCGACAGGGAUUUGCAGGAGCAUCGCCAAAAAAUCCAAACCUUGGCGGACGAAACGGCUCAAAACCUGAAGAAAAAUGUCUAUAAGAACUACAGACAGUUCAUCGAAACGGCCAAAGAGAUUUCCUACCUGGAGAGCGAGAUGUACCAGCUGAGUCACAUCCUGACAGAGCAGAAGAGCAUCAUGGAGAGCAUCACUCAGGCCUUGCUGUCCACAGACAAGGAUGAGACAUCUAAAGAGAUGCAGGCUGCUUUCCCCAAAGAGACCGAGGAGGUGAAGCAGAGGACGCUCACCUCGCUGCUGGAGAAAGUGGAAGGCGGUAAAAACAUCAUGGACACCCCAGGAAGGCACCUGGUCUACAAUGGUGACCUUGUGGAGUUUGAUGUUGACAACAUGUCCCCCAUCCAGAAGGUGCACGCUUUCCUGAUGAACGACUGUCUGCUAAUCGCCACCUGGCUGCCAAACCGUCGAGGAACCGUCAAGUAUAAAUACAACGCCCUGUAUGACCUGGAGAGCUUCGCUGUGGUUAACGUAAAGGACAACCCUCCCAUGAAGGACAUGUUCAAGAUCCUCAUGUUCCCAGACAGUCGCAUCUUCCAGGCGGAGAACAGCAAAAUCAAGAAGGAGUGGCUGGAGAUCCUGGACGAAACCAAGAAGAACAAAGUCACCAAGGACAAGCACAAGAAAGAGGAAGAGGCCCCUACUUCUCCUGUAAGGGCCGAGGUGUCCACCAAUCCUUUCGAUGUGGACGAGGACGAACGAGCCGUCGCUGAAGAAAGCGUGGACCUCAGUCCUGAGUGGAUCCAGGGGCUGCCGGAGGAUCUGGAUGUUUGCAUUGCCCAGAGAGACUUUGAGGGCGCCGUGGACCUGCUGGACAAGCUCAACGAGUAUCUCAAAGACCAGCCGGUCACCCAGAGGGUCAAAGAGCUGAGGGUGAAGGUGGAUGAGCGUGUGCGGCAGCUGACAGAGGUCCUGGUGUUCGAGUUGUCUCCAGAUCGCUCACUUCGAGGUGGACCCAAAGCCACGCGGCGGGCCGUGUCCCAGCUGAUCAGACUAGGCCAGUCCACCAAAGCCUGUGAGCUGUUCCUGAAGAACCGUGCUGCUGCAGUCCAGACGGCCAUAAGGCAGCUGCGCAUAGAAGGAGCCACAUUGCUCUACAUCCACAAACUCUGCAACAACUUCUUCACAAGCUUGCUGGAGACGGCCAAAGAGUUUGAGAUGGACUUUGCAGGGAACACGGGCUGCUACUCCGCCUUUGUGGUCUGGUCCAGAUCAGCCAUGAGGAUGUUUGUGGACGCCUUCAGCAAGCAGGUGUUUGACAGUAAGGAGAGCCUGUCGACAGCAGCAGAGUGUGUUAAAGUGGCCAAGGAGCAUUGUCAGCAGCUGACUGAGAUCGGCCUGGACCUGACAUUCACCCUGCAGUCGCUGCUGGUCAAAGACAUCAAGGCAGCCCUGCUGAGCUACAAGGACAUCAUCAUGGAAGCCACCAAGCACAGAAACUCUGAGGAGAUGUGGAGGAGGAUGAACCUCAUGACCCCCGAGGCUCUGACUAAACUCAAGGACGAGAUGCGCAGCUGUGGCAUGGGCAGCUUUGAGCAGUACACUGGCGACGACUGCUGGGUGAACCUGAGCUACACCAUCGUGGCCUUCACAAAGCAGCUGAUGAGCUUCUUGGAGGAAGGACUGAAGCUCUACUUCCCCGAGCUGCACAUGGUGCUGCUGGAGAGCCUGAGGGAGAUCAUCCUGGUCGCCGUGCAGCACGUGGACUACAGCCUCCGCUGUGAGCAGGACCCUGAGAAGAAGGCCUUCAUCGUGCGGAAUGCCACCUUCCUCCACGACACCGUACUGCCGGUGGUGGAGCUGAGGUUUGAAGAGGCCGUGGGCAAGCCGGCCAAACAGCUGCAGGACCUGAGGAAGAGCAACAGACCGGUUCGAAUCAAUCCAGAGAGUACCACAUCUUUGGUCUGAGACUGAUGGCUCAUUUAAAAAAAGAUGUGUGACUGCAAAAAUGGAUGGUGGACAAAAAACACCUGAAAGCUCUUUCACUGACUGUUCUGGCAAUUUCAACUCAGAACUUCAAAAUAAGCGUUAGUUAUUGGUUGUUUUGAGAUGGCAGGACACUAAAUUACAGGAUACAACAUGGAGAACGGCAGGCUAAGAAACCUUAAGAUAGGUAUGUGUACAAAGCUACUUUGCACCUGACUUUGCACCAACUCACAAAGAUGAUACUAGCUGAUAGUGAUGAAAACUUAUAUUACUAUUGCUUUCCCAAAUCCCUAUUGCUGCAUCCAAUAUUUGAUUUGAUCAAAGAACAUGUUCCAAAUGUCAGUGGAAAGUCCCUUUUGAGUUAACAGCUGAUUUAUGGGGCUCUUUUGAUGUCAGACUGUAGUGAUAACCAAGAAAUGCUCUCUUCUCAAAGUUUGUGUAAUAAACAAAUACAUUAAGGACAUAUUUCAGACAAACAGCCGAUCAGUGUGUGUACAUUUUCUGAUGUUAUGUGCAGUUUUGUUCACAUGUAGGACCCUGUUUUCUCUGAAAUGGCAUUACACAAUUUAUUACAGACUUUGGCAAAAAUUCGAUCUUGAUAAAAUAUGUCUGUACUCAUGGAAAGCUUUUUUUGGGGCUAUUGGACCUGUUAUUAGACACUAAAUGGAAUUCUAGCAUAAUAAGACUGAUUAAAAGGGAUGACUGAAAAGCAAAUGCACUGGUUGUAAUACUCAAAGUUUGUGUUUAAGAAAAACACGUGAAAUAUAAUAAAGCUCAUCAUGUAAGCACAA